GGUCGGAUUUAUUUUCAUGUGGCGCUGCAUUAGCCUGAGUUUGUAGUAGAGCAUUUGAUGAGAAUCUGAAGAGUAGACGCCGGUGUUUUGGGUUAUCCAUGCCACUGAAGGAUCCGUCCAACUCGAGCGCCAUGAAACCAGCAGUGGACGAGAUGUUUCCGGAGGGAGCCGGGCCGUACAUGGAUCUGGACGAGGCUGGGGGAAGCACAGGACUGCUGAUGGACCUGGCUGCCAAUGAAAAGGCAGUUCAUGCAGACUUCUUCAAUGAUUAUGAGGAUUUGUUUGAUGAUGACGACAUCCAGUGACUUGAGGCUAAAAUGUCAUCACAGUAAAGAUGGAUGAUAUUCGCACCACUCUGAACCUUUUAUUUUUUCCUCAACCUUUUUUUUGUGUGUGGAAAGCAAACCACCCAUUUUCUGUCUAAUGACAUACAAUUUCCUUUCAUAGUCGUUCUAGUUUGAGGCUUUUUAAAACAUCCUUAAAAAGUCGACACAGGCUCCAGAUGUUGUGAAAUUCUCAAGAUCCCAAGGAUUCCUUCAUAUAUGGUAUGUUUAAAUUAUGAGCUUGUAUCGUGCUCAUGUCUCAGACUGUUUCUGAACUGGAUUGCAGGUUUCAGAGUGGAGGAGAACACCUGUUAGAAGUAUAAUUACACCUAUGAUGGGCAGAGGCUCCUAUUGCUGUCGCCAUGCAUGCUGCAGGUGGCAUAUGAUAAAUGGUCUUGUUACAAUGGCUUAAACUAUUCGAAUGGCAGUAUGUGUUAGACUUACAUUCUGCAGUGGGUUAUGUAAUGUCAUAAUGUGUUUGUAUGUGUACAGAAGUAAUGCAUCCAUUGUUGUAUUUUUGUGAUAUAUUCUAUUUGUGACACUGUUUAAAAAUGUAUAAAUAGUAUUUUGAAUUUA